GCCCUCCCCUCACUGCCCGCGGUGCCUCCGACCGCCGCGCUCUCUCGCAGCGGGCGCCGAGGACUGCGGGGGGCGCGCCACCGGCCGCCGCCUUCCUCCUCGACGCGGCGGCUCGGGAAGUUGAGGUUUCCACACUGUUGCAGUUCUUUGGGUUUGUGUUUUUCCUGAAAUGGUAGGACUAGGAAACAGCUGCCGAGGGAUGAAGUCUCCACCCCUGCUUGUGGCUGCGCUCGUGGCGUGCAUCAUUGUUUUGGGCUUCAAUUACUGGGUUGCAAGUUCCCGCAGCGUGGAUCUGCAGGGUCGGAUCAUGGAUCUGGAAGGCAAAGUCCGCCGUGCGGCAGCAGAGAGGGGUGCUGUGGAACUCAAGAAGAAUGAAUUCCAAGGGGAGCUAGAGAAGCAGCGGCAGCAGAUUGACAAAAUUCAGUCCUUGCACAGCUUUCAGAUGGAAAAUGCCAACAAGCUACACCAGGAAGAGAAGGCAGUGCUGAUGAGUAACAUCACAGUAAAUGACCGAUUGAUCCAAAGCCUACGAGAACAAUUGAAAGAGUUACAGACAGAAUAUGGAAAGCUACAGCUGAAUGUUUAUUGGUUUCAGAAGAACCAGACUAACCUUCAGAGGAAGUUCUCAUAUGACCUGUCACAAUGCAUCAACCAGAUGAAAGAAUUAAAGGAACAAUGUGAAGAAAGGAUAGAUGAGCUUACAAAAAAGGUUACUGAUGCUCCACAAAUCAAAGAAAACAAAGACUUAUCAGAAGAUUUGAAAAAAAAUAGCCCGGCCAGUAUUCAACUGCCAACCUUGGAGCAAACUGAGUUCAAGCAGGCUGACUUGGAACACCAGAAACCCAGUGAAGAUGGAGCUAAAGCAGUACCUACGAUAAAAAAGACAGACCUGCUGGAGGCUAAAGAAAGAAUAAAUGGCCUAGCUGACAUCAGAAAACAGGAGCCUAUGGUAGAAGAGGAGAAGCUCUCUAGUCAAGUGAAAGACCUGCAGGAUCCACUCAAGGCUGCUGCUGGUCAUGAAGAGAUGCUGCCUCAAGAUGUGUUACAGCUGGCUGCAGAGCAGGCUGCCAGUGAAGAAGCUGAGAGGGAGCAGCUCCUGAAUUAUGAUGCUAAGCAGGACUCACCCCCCGUAAAGGCUGACAAACAGGAACAUGAAGCACUGAAACAAGAUAGGGAAGUUGAUUACAACUUACAUGAGAAUGAAGCUGAAUCAGAAAUGGACAAGCAAGCAGCACUUGCAGGGAUUGAAAAUGGUAAAAAAGAAACGAAGUUUUAACCCAAGUACUACAUGCUGAAAAGUUUGAGACAAUAUUUUGAACAUUAUAUCCUGUAGCAGAUAUAAGUAACUAUUUUCUGUUUCUUUUUGAACUCUCCCUCAUGUGGACAGUGUGACCUACUUUCUGUCUAGCAUCACGAAGUUACUGUUUAACAUGCACUGGGGAGGGACUGUAUCUGCACCUUUAUUGUAUGGUACUUAACAGUCCAUUCAGAAUUUCUUCUGCUGUGUUCUAGAUUAUUUUCCACAUGAAGAACUAUCACUUCUACCUCUCAAAGAGAUUUAUAUACCUUUUUUUUUUUUCCUAAUUAGUUCAAAACCAAGAUACGAGGAACCACUUAGCAUAGUGAAGAACGACAGAGGUUGUGAACACAGGAAGUUUGUGAUGCAGCUUAAGUCACUUCUUCAUAUAAAUGCAGCAAGGAUGAGAGCAAAGUGAUCUGAGAAUCUUUUGAUUAUGUUCUCAAGGCUUCAGUAAGAGCCUAAAUGAAGUAGUAUUUUCUUGUGAAGUUUUAGUACUGUUUCAGGGGUAAAAAAAAAAAUCUUAAAUCUCUGGAGGCUUGUUUAAUAAAAGCAGCCUGACCUCUGCAUAACUUCUUCCUACUGAUUACAGAUUUGAAACCAGCUAGCAGUAAGCGUAGUAACUUUGAAGUCGGCUAACUUGUACAGUCAUACUAUAGAAACAGUAUCUGUGCAUUGGUGGUAGAUGAGAGUCCUCUGCCAAGGACAGAUCUUUCCCCUGAGCAGUGCAGUAGAGAAAUUCCAGCCUAGUUUUCAAAGGAGGUUAAGAGCAGAUAACUUGACAUAAAAUGGGAAGGAUGAAAAAUGAACCAUGCUGCUGUUUACCACUGUUUGCCUGUUCUGGCGCAUUUUAUUGAAAUGUGGGAAGACUUCAAAAGCAUGAUCGUAAUCCUUGGAUACCUUCCAGUAUGAUAUAUUUUCCUGGGCCUCUUAAGAGAAAUUACUGGUUUACACUGUAACCAGCUGAAGCACCUACAAGAAUCUGGUUGUGUUCUCAGCUUUUGGGUUAAGGAAAGAAAGACUUGGACAAUAGUGUCCUCGCAUUAAGAGAGAAGCCAGAAAGCUGGUUUAGACCUCUGUUCACAAGAUGUGUGCCACAGUAUGGUUCAGUUACCGCUAACUUGCACAAGUUUAUAGAGAGUAAAAAUUCCAUCUCCUGAACUUUUCAUGACAGAAGCUAUCUGAAAUGGUAUGCUACAACUACCCUUUACUCCAACCAGCUACUAUCCUCUGCUAAAAAGCAAAAAGGCAAAUGCUUGCUGUGUAGAACAGCAAUCAUCUCAGCUGUUCAGUGACUAAUACUCUCUGCUGGACUUCUGACGAAGGUAAACGAGACUGUGCAUUUACGAGACACCUCUAUGUUUUUCACAGGUGGAGCUGCAGUUCUGUGAACUCCUAUGUUAUGUAAUAGUGUGUCUUAUUGCUAAUAUUCUGUAGCCUUUGUCAUUUCUGUAACUCGUUGAAUGUAAACUGGAAACUAGUUUAUUUGUGAUAACCUAGAAAUACCUUCUGCUACCUGCAGUGUAUAGCCAGCUCUUUGGAAGUUCUCAAGCCUGACACCUGUGUUCAGAGCAAUCUUUAUGAAUAUGAACCAACCGCUGUCAAGGCAGCAUGGCAGCUUCCUAACCAGGAAUUCAAAAAUACAAUAAAACCCCACAACUGGCUCUUGGCUUUCUCUCAAUGAACUUCAUUGUGUAACUGUUUCUGUGGGGUGUCAUUCCUUAGUGUAUUAGUUUACAACACCUGUACCUUACUUCAGCUGCCUAAAUAUGCACAUGGAAGGUUGGUUCAUUUGUAUACAAAGAAUAUGAGUUGUCACAGAUGAAAUGCAGAGCUCAAGUCAAAUGGUGCCUAGUAAGCCUAAAUAUGUAAACAGUUCACUGAUAGUCUUGCUACAUGUAACUUGAAUUUUUGUAAGAAAAGGACUAACUGCCAUUA